UGCAGCCUUACCGCCGCUGACGCCAGCGGCCGCCUUUGCGCUGCGGAAGUGGUGGCUUGUUUUUGCGUUCAAAACGGGACGUUAUUGAUUUUCAAAUAUAGACAGGCACAUUAAAACUAUUUAAUUUUAUGAGCCAUGCUCACAGAGCAGAGGGCACCUCUGAAUCGAGCAGGGACUGACUCGCUGCUCGUCUUUUGCCUUUUUUAAUGUUUUCACAUUUUGCGAUGCUUUGAUAUUACAGAAGGUCAAGAAUUUUUUAAUACGGUUUGUCUUCAUCUGGUUUGUUGUCGCACCUGUUCUUUGACAAUAUUUUUGCAUCUUAUGGUGCCCCAUUUUGAGAUUUCUUGAAAGCCAAGAUCUAAAACCACAUGGCUAUUUUCAGUGUGCAGCUGAAAUACCCUAAAAAGACCAGUUUUUCUUUGCAGGGUUUAUGUUUCAUGUUCUCAAAGAACAAGAGCCUGAUGAGUAUUUUGAGUCGAGGACCCCAAAGUGAGGGCAGUCAGGUGCAUUCUGAAAACCCUGUCAAGCGUAUGUAAAAUUGAUGUGAACUCGAGGUCCUUGUGGAUUUAGAGGAGUUGGACAGAAGAAUAAUGAAUGGAAGUGACUGACAUCAUGACAACCAUCAGACAAAGAAGGGGUGGAAGACUCGCAGAAGCAGCUGAAGAACAGCUUUCAGAGCAGAAGACUGUGAAGCCUGAUGGAAAAACUCGGUCCGAUCAUUCAGGUGGAAAGCUGUGGAACAUACUUUCACUAACAGUUGGUGGGAUUGUUGCCGUCUGUCUUGGACUUCUUACUUCUGUUUAUGUUGCAACACUGCAUGAAAAUGACCUCUGGUUUUCCAAUAUCAAGGAAGUAGAAAGAGAAAUUUCAUUCAGAACAGAAUGUGGACUCUAUUAUUCCUACUACAAACAGAUGGUUCAAGCUGCAUCCAUCCAGCAAGGUUUACAUGGUUUAGUAUAUGACAAUAAAACUGAAUCUGUGAGGACAAUUAACAUACUUGAAAGAAUGAAUGUUUACCAGGAGGUGUUUCUCAGCAUUCUGUAUAGGAUUCUUCCAAUUCAGCAAUACUUAGAGCCUGUUUAUUUUUAUAUCUACACUUUGUUUGGACUUCAGGCGGUUUAUGUCAUUGCUCUGUAUGUAACAAGCUGGCUUCUUAGUGGAACAUGGCUUUCAGGGUUGUUGGCAGCUUUCUGGUAUAUUACAAACAGAAUAGAUACUACAAGAGUAGAAUUCACCAUUCCUUUAAGAGAGAACUGGGCACUACCGUUCUUUGCAGUUCAAAUAGCAGCCAUCACAUACCUACUCAGAACUCAUUUACAGCCUGCUCAUGAAAGACUGACCCUUCUGGCUGUAUUCAUAGCAACCUUCCUCUUUAGCCUGACUUGGCAAUUUAAUCAGUUUAUGAUGCUGAUACAGGCAUUGGUAUUAUUCAUACUGGACUGCUUUGACAUGCUUCCUACAGCAAAGGUUACGUGGCUCUAUAUCAUUCAAGUUUCUGGAUUACUGCUAGUCUGUGUCCUGCAGUUCUUUAAUUCUAUGAUUCUUGGAUCAUUACUUAUCAGUUUUAAUGCUUCUGUCUUGAUAGCAAGGACAAUUCAGAAAAAUCUAAAAAAGGGAGGCUUGCUUAGUAGGCUUGGGAAACUUUUCCUCCAUAUACUAUUUGUCUCAUGCUUGACUCUUCUAGUAAAUAAACUCAUCAAGAAAAUUCUAAAUCUUGAGUCAGAUGAACAUAUAUUCAAAUUCCUGAAAGCAAAAUUUGGAUUUGGGGCAACAAGAGAUUUUGAUGCUAACCUGUAUCUUUGUGAAGAAGCUUUUGGUUUACUGCCAUUAAAUACUUUUACAAGACUCUCGGAUACAUUACUUUUUUACGUCUACAUAUUUGUUCUCUUCCCUAUGACAGUAGCAGCUGCAAUUGUUGCCUUUCAGAACCUCAGUGGUUCAACUAAAGUUGGAAAAUUCAUGGAAAAUAUGGAAGACUGCACAAUAGCACUGAAGCCUGGGGCUGCUUACAACUUAAUUCACACAGUUCUUUUUGGAUGUUUGGCAUUAAGCACAAUGAGAAUGAAGUACCUCUGGACAUCCCACAUGUGUGUAUUUGCAUCUUUUGGUCUUUGUAGUACAGAAGUAUGGGGACUUAUCCUGAAAUGUGUUCGUCUCUACACAUCACAAAGGGCAUAUAUGAUUAAAUAUUCUCUACCAAUAAUUACAUUACUGUACAUUUCAUAUAAGUUCUGGCCAGGAAUAAUGGAUGAACUGUCAGAGCUGAGAGAAUUCUAUGACCCAGACACUGUGGAGCUGAUGAACUGGAUUAAGUCAAACACUCCAAACACAGCAGUGUUUGCUGGGAGCAUGCAGCUACUAGCAGGAGUCAAACUGUGCACUGGACGGAUCUUAACUAAUCAUCCCCAUUAUGAGGAUAAGAAUCUGAGAGAGAGAACAAAACAGAUUUAUCAGAUCUAUGCCAAGAGAUCUCCUGAAGAUGUUUACAGAAUACUGCGAUCCUUUGGCACAGACUACGUGAUCUUAGAAGACAGUAUAUGUUAUGAAAGAAGACAUAGUAGAGGCUGUCGAUUACGUGACCUACUUGAUAUAGCUAAUGGUCAUAUCAUGGAUGGCUUGGGAGAGAAUGAGCCUGAUUUGAAACCUUCAUUGUAUCCUCGCUUCUGUGAGGAAAUUAAAAAAAAUCUGCCUUCUUACACUGUACACUUCACUAGAGUGUUUCAAAACAAAACAUUCCACGUUUACAAACUUGCUAAGCAUAAAUAACGUUUCCAAGAAUGGCUUCAAGUUCGGUAUUUUAAUGCUAGAACCCACAUUAGAAGAUGGAGAAGAAGUUUACAAUUGUGUUACAUUUGUAAUACAUUUUACAUUAAUAGUUUCUUGUAUAAUUACUUUCCUUAAGAUAGCCUCAUUUUGAUAACAUUCUCAAUGUUGCCAAAAUUUUCAUAGAUUCAUAAAUAAAUGCUAGCAGGGACCAUUAUGAUUAUCAAGUCUGACCUUCUCAGUACCUAGGAUAUGCACUUUUUCCAUUUUUAACCAACCAAAAGACAUAUGAACAGCCUGUAUGACCACUGCAGAAUACCUAGCCUAUAAAGUUCUGCUCAGGGUUUUGGAUUUUUACUACAAAAAUGAUAAAAAUUCAAUGAAAGCAGGCCAUGCUACUCCAUUACUAAGUAUGCAUUAUCUUUGUGAAGCGUUAAAAUUAACAACAAUAUUGGGUUUAGUCUUAUGAUCUGAUCCUUCCUGGCAAACCUUUACGCUCUUUCAGUGCCUCUUUUUUGAAUUCACUGGGGCUAUAUGCAGACAUGAUUUUCCAAGCGUAUGAGUGUUUGCAGAAUCAGUGAGUGCAGAAUCAGCAAACAAGUUUAAAGAAUAAAAUUUUAAUGAUUGUACAGCAUUUUUAGUGAUACAGAAACAUGCUGUUUUAUAAUGUUAAGCAUUUAAUGAUGGAGUGUUACAUAUUUCUAGUGAGAACUAAGGUUGGAGCAUGCUUUUGAUACACACUGUGUGUUUGUAUCCUCUUACAAUGCUCAGGACAAACAAAGAACAAGUUUCUCUGCUUGGAUUCUCACAACACUAUUUUCUGUAUUUGCUUUCCAAGCAACGGAGGAUUCCUUUCACCCCAUAUACUCCAGCAGUAGGAUACCAAAAUUGAACACUGCCAGCCUUACAAGAGAAACAUUCAUCUCUCAAAUUGGCAGGAAAUUUGGGUAUUUGAAAUAUGUUCAGGUACUAGAGCUUUGCUUUACAGUAUUUCCGACACAAAGCUACAUUUUUAGUACACUAAAAACUCAUUAUGUCCUUGGUCCUUAUCCUGAAAAACAGGUUACAGGGAUUCUUUUUGAACUGAUUUGAAAGAUUAAGUGAAGGCAGGUCUCGAUAUCUGAGAGCUUUGUGGUUUGUUUGUAGCCUUUUGUCUUUUUCCAGGCUAGAACUUUGUGAAUUCUCUUGACUUUUUAAAUGCUAUGUAGAUAACCUCUCACUUUUACUGUAAUUUAGUGCUAUUUUGGUUUUAUAUUGAAAUUAGAGAUCAAGUCUGACAGAAAGUCUACCAGGACUCUCCAACCUUAAUUAGAUAUCUACUAGGAUCAUUUGUUUCUUACGAAAAACAGAAUUGUAACAAUCAAGUGCCUCUAGGCCAGCAUUGAAUUAACAUUUGAACACCUAUUACAGUGUUUGUGGCCUGUGCAAAUAACUCAGUUACAAUAAUUACCACUGCAAUUAAUUUCUAAUGAUGGGAAACUUAAAGUGCUACUGAUAAGCAAACUCCACAUUUAAUUUAAUCAAGAUGUGUAAUGAGAUUAACUUUCACAACUGAGCUGUGUUCCAAUUCCAAGUGAUUUAAAUGUUUUCCCUUUUCAGUUGUAGUAAGGUAAAUUACUGAAGAGAUGGGAGACAGUUAUGUCACAUGCUCAAACAGUUUUAUAUUCAGUAAAUACUCAUUAAACAACGUUCAACAUCUUCCUGCACUUUCAUGCUAACACAAAAGGAAAGCGUGCUUUAAUCAGACUGUAUUUAAAUCAAACAUUGACAGUAGCUAGAUUGUUAAACUGAGCAACUGAAACUCCUGAAUAAUUUCAGUCCUGUAUCCUUUAAUGAGGUUGGAGACCACUGCAGUUUAACAUAAUACAAUAAUAAAACAUUUUAAUUAGUAUUAAAACUUUAAUUAGGCCUGUAAUGAUGCAUGCCUGUUCUUGCUGAAAGCAUGGGUCAGUGAGUUCCUCAGUGAGUGCCUUACAGUAAUUGAAAACAAGCACAUGUAAGGUAACGUAUCUCCAGGCUGUAUUGUCUUAUUUUAAAGUGUGGUUGCGUCUUUCUUUAACGGUGCGUUAGCUUUCUUCCAAUUGAAAUGAAGGAUUCCAAGAUCCAGUCGUACCCUAUGAUUUUCAGAAUUUAUUUCUAGAUAACAGCUUCAACUAAGAAGUCCUGACUGUAACAAUAAUGAUUUUUAAACAGAGUAGAUGUUUUUCUUCAGCAGUCUCUAAUAUUGCCAAAAUAGAAAUUUAAGCUUCUUGUAGAAACUACAAAGUGAAAAAAAAUUACAAAGUAGAACCUAAGAUAGCUUUGUUCCUCAGAAAGCACUAAAAACACAGCUGUUAUGAUCCAGAACUACCACAGUGGCAUGGUAUCUUCUUGUAACACAAAUAUCCCCCAAAACAGCACAGCAGAAAUUUGAGGUGUUAAAUUCACAGUAUUCUUGAAAUUGUUUUCACUUCUGCAGUUAGCCAUCACUAAGGCCUACACGGCUUGUGACACUCUUAAACAAUUCCAAACAUUCCAGUAUCUGAAAAUUUUAACUUUAAAUGAAGAGACACGUUUCAGUGACUGAUUAGUACAACCUUCAGCAGACUAACCUCCAUAAAACAAAAUGCCAAGAGGCAGACCACUUACCAGCUCAGCAGAGGGAAGGUGCUCAUCGGGACAGUGACCCCAUGGCAGCAGCUGCUCUCCUGCCCCGGUUUUAGGCUUGGCUCCAGAGCAGAGCAUGCUGGGGAAGGCUGCAGCCCCAGGGAGCAGGCAGCCUCAGCUUAAGGUGCCGGGCUGUAGGGAACGGUGGUGAAAAGGGCUACGUUUCCUGUUCCUCGGGGCUGGGUGUAUGGGUCGUUGAGACUUCCAGGAGUUACAUCAUGUUUUGAGAAAUAUUUUCUCUGCUUCCUGUGUCUUUCUACAAUACGUGUUCAUUGCAUUAAAACUGUGUAUUUUUUUAUAAUAACUUCUGCCUGUUCUUGAACUACAUCAUCCCGAUGCAUGUUAUUUCCAAGUGGCUGAUGUGGCAUCUCUUUCAUCGUAUUAAGUAUGAUCCACCCCCAUGAACAACACUUGUGGCAAUCUUACAAGUAACUAGCUGUGUGAAUGACACCAUCAUGAUUUCUGCAAUGUGUUAUAUAUUGUCUGCAAGGACUUUUAAGUUGUGCAUCAUCAGUGGAAUUGUACAUGUGAAGGACUUUUUUAGAUCCCAGAGCCAAAAUGUUAUCAAGUAGCCAGAAUGUUUUAGAGGAGAGGAAAGCCUUUGAGAUCCAUAAUUGUAUUUUCAUUUCUUGUUUCAGUAUUUUGCUGGUGAAAUCUAACAUGCGGCUAUUUUAUAAUAUGUUGUUGUACAGAGCUGUAAUGACUAUUGCAUACUAAAUAAAUUUGUGUCACUGGAAAAUCACAA